AUGUUUAAUAAUAAAUCAAAAAAGCCUUCUUUGUUGUAUGUUGAAUGUAAAUCAAGAGAUAUAUCAAGAAGAAAUUCGAGGAUUAGUGAUUUGCUUAAUGAUACUAUGAACAAGGAAAAUUCAAAUUAUUAAUCCACCUAUAUUCCAAACACUGCAAAAAAGAUUGAUAGAACUGUAGGAAGUUUGAACAAGAUGUAUAAACAAGCAAUUUAAGAUCAAUAAAAUUUGUAGGAAUAAGCUUCUAUGUUGAUGGAAGACUUGAAUGGGAAGUUAUUGUAAAGAGCAGAAUUGAUUGGUCAAGUCGAAGAAAUGGAGGAAUUAAUAGAAUUUCAUAAAUUACAUAGUAAUUUUGAGUUUACAUUCGCAACUAAAAUAGAAUAGUUAGAUCUACAAAUCUAAUAGUUAAAAAAAUCAAGUUCAUUUAAAUUGUCAGGCAACACAGCAGAUUUGAUACGAGAUAGAGAAUAAUAACAUAGAGCAUUAAAGGAGAAAAUUCAUUAAGAAACCAUAAUUGCUAUGACAACUUAUUUGUAACAGUGGGGUCAUUAAUUCGAGGCUAUCAAGAAUUAGUAUGGAAAUGAAGUUUAUCACCAGGUUCUUAAAGAGCAAGAACUGCAAAUCAAUCAAUUAAUAUCACAACAAUAUAAUAAAAAAAUUUAAGGUAUUAUCUUAAUACUCAGAAAUCAAGAGAAAUUGGAAAAGGCUAUUCAGCAAAAUAUUGAAUAUGUCGACAAUUCAUUAAAUGAAGACAUUUAUUCAAUUAAAUAAACAAUGAUCCAAAAGAAACAGUUAGUCCAAAAUAUUAAAAAUAACCUUUUAGAAGAAGAUUAAUCUAAAUUUUAAUUGUAAAAAAGAGUGGAAGUUCUUGAACAAGAGAAUUUAUAAUUAGAAUAAUAAUUAAAUGAAAUUACAAUGAAAAAAGAUCUUUACUAAUAAGAAAUCUUGAAUAAGCAGAAAACAGAAGAAAUAUAUAAUGAAAUACUAACAGGAUUUGAUUGCUUAUCUUAAAUUGAUAAUGAUGAUCAAAAAAGUGAUACUAGUAAUUCUUAAAUUAAAAGUUGUACAAAUAUUUUAAGCAAUAUCAAUAAAUAAACCAAGAAGGUGCUAAGUAAUCAUUUAAAUAAGGAUGAUUCAUUGCAUUUUAGUCAACUUCAACAAUAUUUAUAAAUAAAUAGUAUUGAUGGAGAGACAAACUCAAAAUGUUCAUCAGCGUGUUAACUAUCUGCAGAUGAUUCAUUGUUAUAACAUUUUAAUGAAUUAAAUUUAACAUUACUUCAGUCAGAAAAAACAAAAAAUAAUUAAUGCAAUAUGCCUUUGUAGUAGUAGUAGUAGUAAUAGUAGUAAUAGUAGUAAUAGUAGUAAUAAUAAUAAUAAUAAUAAUAAUAAUAAUAAUAAUAAUAAUAAUAAUAAUAAUAAUAAUAAAUUUAAUACAAUUAUUACAAUUAAAAGAAUCCCUCCAUAGAAAACUAAACUUAAUAAAUUGAUUUUAUUAGAUUAUAAACAAUCACUGAAGAAUAAUUAAGCUCAAAAAGAGAAAAAUCAAGAAUGGAAUAAUCUACAAAAAUUAAUACAACUCCUAUUCAUUAAAAUGGUUAAAAUUACUUAAAUUUACAUAAAGUUUAAAUUGUUGAUAAUUCAUCAUAAAGCACAGGUGCUCCAUUAUCUGAUUAGACAAAACGUUUUACAAAUAGGUUAGGCUCUUCCUAAUUAUAAGUGUCUAACUAUAAUGAAGUCACUUAGAAAUAAAUUUCAAUACCAUCUCCAUACAUGCCAUUAUUUUUUCACAAUCAAGCAUCAAAUCCAUCGACUUAAAAGAGUUAGAAACCUUAAGUUUUUAAAUUUAAGGAAUAAAAUUCAUUAUCUGAAUAAAUACAAAAGCAUAAAAAGUCAAAAUCAUUUGAUUCAACUUCAAAUAAAGAAAUCUAAUAAAAAUAAUUAUUUUGUAAUGUUUCAGCAAACAAUGGACAAACCUAUUAUAAUUCAAAGGACUCCUAAUAUCUCUCAAACAAAUCUAAUAAUUUGGUUCCGAUAGAGUACGAAAUACUCAAAAUAACUAAGCCUUUACAAAAGGGCGUAAUGAUCUUCAAGAGGUUUAAUUCUACUAAACCUAACUUAACUAAAAUGGAAUUCGAUCCAUUUACUUGUUAAAAUCCAAGCAUUUGCGGAUAUUGUCCUAGAAUUAUGACCUUGUCGUAGAAUUUGGAUAAGAUUGAAUUCAAAAACUAGAUGAGAGUUAAUCAAGUUGAUUCAAUUUUAUAAUUGGAUUAAAUAAUGAGAGUAAUUAUUCCAAAGACUAUUCUACAGAGUAUUCAAAUAAAGAAAUAGAUAUAGAAUAAAUUUAUUUUAAGUCAAGAAGAGAGGAUUGUUAGUGGAAUAGUAUAUUGGCCUAUGUCAAUCAUUACUUAAAAUGACGGUAGGAUCGAAUUAUUGUUUGACAAUGAGGAAAUAUUGGAACAAUGGUAAACAAGUCUUAUUUUUCUCAAAGAUAACAUUAAAACACUUUAAAUCAUCAAUAAAAAAUUAAAAAAAUGA